GCGGAGGCUCGGCGCUGCUGCGGAGGCUCCUGCUUGGCCCGGCGCGGGCGGCGUCCGGGAGCCGCGCGGGGCUCCUGCGCCUCGCCGGGAGCGGAUUUCUGCAGCUGCUGAUCAUGAGGAAGAAGGUUGAGGUUUGGAGAAGAGUCCCGGAUCCCUGGCGGUGAACCACAGCCAGCUUGUAGCAUCCAGAGCUAGAGGAGAAAUGCAUUUUCCAUAAAGACUGCCUUUUCUCUGCCCGAUGCUCUGCCUGCCCCGUGGGCUUCAGCUCUCUUUGUGACAAGGCAUGACUCUGUUUUGAGACGAGCGCGGCUGUUCAGAUCUGGACUUGAGAAGCCCUGGGAAAGAAUGGAGGAGUUCACUACCAGAACGUACGGGACCAGAGGCCUGGAUAACAGGCCUCUUUUUGGAGAGACGUCGCCAAGGGACAGAAUAAUCAAUUUUGCAGUUGGCAUUGUAGCUUCCUUGUUGCUUAUAGUCACUUUAAUCAGUGCUUUUGUCUUUCCUCACCUACCUCCAAAACCAGUGAAUAUAUUUUUUGCUUUCUGCAUCUCCUUGAGUUGUGUUUCGGCUGGCAUUCUUAUCUAUUGGUAUCGACAAGGAGACCUAGAGCCUAAAUUUAGGAAUCUAAUUUACUACAUUUUGUUCUCAAUCAUUAUGCUAUGUAUAUGUGCCAAUCUCUACUUCCAUGAAGUGGGGAAAUGACUUUCCUAGGACAAACGUUGCAAUGCAUCCAAAUGGUCCAAGGCACCACUUCCAGAUGUGCUGUCCGAAGAGAUGACUGCUUCCAAAAGGCCAAGGCUUCAUCAGUACAAACAUUGGAAGGAUGUCCUUGAGACUUCGCAGAUGUGUAUUUUAAUGGCUCUUCCUUCUGGUGAGGUGAAGUAGUGCAAUAUGAUAUGGCAUCUGCUUUUGGGGGGUGGGGGUAAGCAACAGAAUAGCUAUUAGUGCACUUAAUGAACAUUCCAAUUGUAUGCUUGUGUUUUUCAGAAUGGCACACCCUUUUUUCCUUUGUGAAAAAAAUGGCAUUUUUUAUUACACUGUACAAAAACUGCAGCACUGCAAAUGUCUGUACUACAUUAUAAAUAAAAAGGCAUCUACUAUUACAGAA